AUGAAUUUGCUAGUAACUUUUAACCUUCUAAAUAACUUUGAUUACAUUUUUCCAGAAUAUGCGUUCAAGGCCAUAAACCAGGGUGGUCUGACAUCGGUUGCUGUUCGGGGGAAAGACUGUGCAGUAGUCGUCACACAGAAAAAAGUCCCAGACAAGCUGCUUGAUUCUUCCACUGUCACACACUUAUUCAGAAUCACGGAGAACAUCGGCUGCGUGAUGUCAGGAAUGACAGCUGACAGCAGGUCUCAAGUGCAGCGAGCUCGUUAUGAGGCCGCCAACUGGAAAUACAAGUAUGGUUAUGAGAUUCCAGUAGACAUGCUUUGUAAAAGGAUCGCUGACAUCUCUCAGGUUUAUACACAGAAUGCAGAGAUGAGGCCGCUCGGCUGCUGUAAGUCAACACUUGCUGAAUUAUUAACACACACAUAAAGUAGUUUAAAGGGAGCAUGUCAUGUUUUUGUUUCAAUUUUCACCCUGAUUUUUGUGCCAAAACAGUCCUUAUUCAGAA